CACCUGUUCUUCCCGACUUCAACUGGUCCGUAUCUGCUUCUUUUCUACGCAGGUGCAUCACAGGUGAGUUUACUGUGCCCGGCAUUUGCACAAUUGAUUCGCAAGAAACUGACACGUCGUGCAGUGGUCUCGUCCCACAGAAACUCGACCGGUCCCAAACUCCCCAGUCAUUGGCCCCUCAACAAUUUGAUUUCGGCCACCAACUCUCAUUGCGAGAUUCAAUAUACUUCAGCCGACCAUCUGAAAGCCCAGCUACUUAAUUGUUUUCUUCAAUUGCACCUACAAAAGUCUACGACAGCACAAAUUUCACACCAUGGCCUCUACCGCGGUUCCCAAGCAGCACAACCUCCUUAAAAGGACAGUUACUUCCACCACGAACGAUUCCUCGCCUUCUACCGCUAGAGGCUCCCCCAAUGAUACCCCAAGGCAAUCUCCCUCCUCCACAUCUCUCUCGUCUAUGUCAUCUCUGGACGAUGUGAAGGACAAUGGCUUCGGAAACCUCAUUGAUACGUAUGGCAACAAGUUCGAGGUCCCAGAUUAUACUGUCAACGACAUUCGAAAUGCCAUUCCCAAGCACUGCUUCGAAAGAUCUGGACUGAGAGGAUUGGGAUAUGUUGCUAGGGAUAUUGUCAGUCUGGCAACUACCUUCUACUUGUUCAACAAGUUCGUCACUCCGGAGUACAUUCCAAGUACCCCGGCCCGAGCUGCUUUGUGGUUCGUAUAUACUAUUGUCCAAGGUCUUUUCGGCACAGGUCUGUGGGUUCUUGCACACGAGUGCGGUCACCAGUCUUUCUCUACCUCCAAGGUUCUCAACGACACCACUGGAUGGAUCUGUCACUCCGCGCUUCUCGUUCCUUAUUUCUCGUGGAAGAUCUCCCACGGCAAGCACCACAAGGCUACUGGAAACAUGGAGCGUGAUAUGGUCUUUGUCCCUAAGACCAGGGAUGAUUACGCCAGCCGCAUCGGAAAGCUUGUUCACGAAAUCGAUGAGUUGACUGAGGAAACUCCAAUCGCUACUCUGAUUCACUCCAUUGGACAACAACUUCUUGGCUGGCCCCUGUACCUGUUCGCCAACGUGACUGGCCACAACAACCAUGAGAAGCAGCCCGAGGGCCGUGGAAAGGGAAAGUCAAAUGGCUGGUUCAAUGGUGUUAACCAUUUCAACCCAAGCAGCCCACUUUACGAGGCUAAGGAUGCCAAGCUCAUUCUGUUGAGUGAUCUUGGAAUCGCCAUCACUGCCACCGUCCUCGUCAUGCUUUCCAAGACCUACGGUUUCUCCAACAUGGCUGUCUGGUACUUUGCCCCAUACCUCUGGGUGAACCACUGGCUCGUUGCCAUUACCUACCUCCAACACACCGACCCAACUCUUCCCCAUUACUCUGGCGAGAGCUGGAACUACGUUCGUGGUGCGGCAGCAACUAUCGACCGUGAAUUCGGUUUCGUCGGCCGCACUCUUCUCCACGGGAUCGUCGAGACCCAUGUCCUCCACCACUACGUCAGCACCAUUCCAUUCUACCACGCCGACGAGGCAACCGAUGCCAUCAAGGUGGUCAUGGGUAAACACUAUCGCUCAGAUGUCCGAGGAGGUUCUCUCGGAUUCUUGAAGUCGAUGUGGACUAGUGCUCGCUGGUGCCAAUGGGUCGAGCCAUCAGAGGGAGCAACUGGACAAGGAAAGAACAUUUUGUUCUUCCGCAACCGAAAUGGUCUCGGCACGGCACCACUCAAGCUCAAGGCAUCCCAGUAAAUCGGCCAUCAUCAGAUGACUGAGUACAUCAUGACUGGAAACCGGGCGAUGGAGCAUGGGGGCGAAUUGCAUUGUUUGUUCGUUGAAAUAGGGAGUCCGCAACGGUGUUAUGGCGUCACGGUUUUGUUUUGAGUUAAGGCUCGGAUCUGGAUUUUAUCGAGAAACGGUAUCCAGACAUCCGACGCAGACAGGAUUCGCAGAUAGAACUGUGAUGAUCAAUUGUUUGGUUGGUAGAAGGUCGCUUGCUGCUUGCUGCGGAGACAAUGAUACCAUUAGAGUAUUUUGUAUAGAGACGAAGACCAAUUAAAAAACUCAUACUUUCUCCC